AUGGCCAGCCAAACAGCCGUCAAACGAUUAAAUCGGGAAUACCUGACGAUCCAGGCGAACCCACCUCCUUACAUCACUGCCCACCCCUCUCAAUCAAACAUUCUUGAGUGGCAUUACGUCCUCACUGGCCCCGAGAACACUCCUUACCAUAAUGGCCAGUACUGGGGAACCCUCGUCUUCCCCCCUAACUACCCGUUCGCGCCGCCUGCGAUCCGCAUGAAGACCCCAUCAGGCCGUUUCCAGCCCUCAACACGACUAUGUCUGUCCAUCUCAGAUUUCCACCCCAGAUCGUUUAACCCCGCCUGGGAAGUGUCGACUAUUCUAAACGCUCUUCUCUCCUUCAUGACGGGUGACGACAUCACUACUGGCUCCAUCAACGCCAGCCGGGCUGAACGAGAACAUCUUGCUUUCCGAUCGCGAUGGUGGAACUCGACUAGCGAUGACGGUAAACAGUUCAGAUCCGAAUGGCCCGAACUUGACGUCGAGAAUCGAGAGUGGAUGAAGCAGAACAACGUUGACCCGGCUACCGGUUAUCGGAUAGGAGGCGAAAAGGAAUCAUCAUGCGGGCCACAGUUAAGUGUCAACGGAUCAAGCGGAAACCAAACACAGGCAGUGGUUGAUGCCGUGGUUCAGCAGCGUGACGCAGGAAGGGGAUGGGUGUAUCGACACAAGCUGCUGAUAGCCGGCGGCGUCAUCUUCAUCUAUGUUCUUAUCGCACGCCUUUUGAGUGGCGAGGCCGGCUUCUCAUGA